UCAUCAACCUUAGUCUCAAGCACAAACAGCUCAAGUUCAACAAGGGAUAUCGAUCUCUUCAAAGGACGCUUUCGAGUGGACCGCAAGGCAGAUGGCACCAUGGAGCGCUAGUCGGUGCUUUGAGGAAGACAGAGAGAAUGGGUAUAUCGCACUGAGAAGGACAUCUACACCGGUAGAAUACGGACGGAGCGUGAUCCGACAAUCCUUACCGCCGAUAAUCAAGCUCAUCUUCAUCGCCCUCGUCUUCACCUCUGGAACCAUCAUCGGCACGCAUUACCCAACCUGGAUCAAUAUCUACUCCCGCCGACCUGCCCUCAAUCCGAUCUCCCUGCUCCCGCCCCGCCUAACAUCCCCGGUACCCGCAUUAGACUCCUCCUUCCCAUUUCUUCCUCCCGCUAGGAAGGAAAUCCCCAACAUCGUACAUUAUGUCUAUGGACUGGAUACGGCCCAUGAGGAGGAUUUCCCUUAUUACGCCUAUUUGGGGAUGAGGUCGGCCUUGCUGUCACUGAAGCCUGAGCGGAUCUUGUUUCACUGUCUAAAGGAACCGAGGGGAUACUGGUGGGACCAGGUCAAGGAGUGGGGGCUAGAGGAGGAAGAUAGACAGGGGGAAGGAGUCGGGAUAGGAGGACUGGUGGAGGUCGUCAUGACGAGGGAUCCGACGUGGGUGGGCAAGAAUAGAAGACCGGUAUCGAGUUUUGCUCACAAGGCGGAUAUCCUGCGACUAGAAGCACUACGAGAAUAUGGCGGAAUCUACCUCGACAUCGACACCUUCGUCCUCGAUUCCUUUGCCCAAAACGGUCUCCUCACCCGGGAUAUGGUCCUGGCUAUGGAAGCUGAGCCUACAGACUGGGAGUACGGGUUUGAAGAUGACGAGAUGCGGCCAAAGGGACUUUGCAACGCCAUCAUCGUUGCCAGGAACGAUAGCCAAUUCCUGCAGAAGUGGUUAGAAUCGUAUGAUUAUUUCGACCAGGACGUCUGGGCGGAUCAUUCUGUGAAAGUUCCCUGGCACCUCGCGCAAAGCUUCCCGACCGAGGUCACGGUGCUAUCCGAUCGCGCCUUUUUCUGGCCAACGUGGUCAGACGACCAUAUUGACGCCGUCUAUCACGGCAACGAAUACGAUUUCUUCAGUUCGGGACAGCUGGCCUACCAUCUGUGGGAAUCGCAAAUGAAAGACUACCUAUACGACCUGGACCCGUUACAGGUCUGGAAAAAGGAUACGAGCUUUACGAGGAUGGCUAGCGCGUUUAUGGCCAGUGGGGAAAAGGAACGAUGGCAAGCCCAUCUCAAGGCUUUGGAAACGGGGUCAAGAUGAUGAGAACCCCCAGCACCUGUAUCACGUAACGCCUCGAACGGCAUUUAUACCUUUGUAUUAUUACACCUGCAUCACAUUCGUCGACCCCUGUAUUUCCGCAGUUGUAGAACCGCGGAAGCAGAUAAUCUCAACUCCGAUGUCAACUCCGAGGAGUUGAGAUGACAUC